GCGGGGCUGUCGGACCUCGGGCCGCGCGCGCGGGCUCCGGGGCGGGGGCUCGGGCGGCGAAGCCCCCUCCCCGGGGAGGCGGGGCCUGAGCGAGCUCCCCCAGUGGGGAGCGGCGGGCGCCGGGAACGAUGCAUCAGAAGCUGCUCAAGAGCGCGCAUUACAUCGAGCUGGGCAGCUACCAGUACUGGCCCGUGCUGGUGCCGCGCGGUAUCCGCCUCUACACCUACGAGCAGAUCCCCGUGUCCCUCAAGGACAAUCCGUACAUCACCGACGGCUACCGGGCCUACCUGCCCUCCAGGCUGUGUAUCAAAAGUUUGUUUAUUUUAUCUAAUGAGACAGUAAACAUCUGGAGUCAUUUGCUGGGCUUCUUUCUCUUCUUCACGUUGGGAAUAUAUGACAUGACAUCUGUGUUACCUUCAGCGAGUGCAUCCAGAGAAGAUUUUGUAAUUUGUUCUAUUUGUCUUUUCUGCUUCCAGGUCUGUAUGCUUUGCUCUGUAGGCUAUCAUCUUUUUUCUUGCCAUCGGUCAGAGAAAACCUGUCGGAGAUGGAUGGCAUUAGAUUAUGCAGGAAUUUCUAUUGGAAUCCUGGGAUGCUACGUCUCGGGAGUAUUUUACGCAUUUUAUUGUAAUAACUAUUGGCGUCAAGUAUACUUGAUCACAGUGCUUGCUAUGAUCCUGGCAGUGUUUUUUGCUCAGAUUCAUCCCAAUUACCUUACACAACAAUGGCAAAGACUUCGCUCUAUCAUAUUUUGUUCUGUUUCGGGAUAUGGAGUGAUCCCUACUCUUCAUUGGGUUUGGCUCAAUGGAGGAAUCAGUGCUCCUAUUGUACAGGACUUUGCCCCUCGUGUAAUUGUGAUGUAUGUGAUUGCUCUUCUUGCUUUUCUAUUCUACAUUUCCAAAGUUCCAGAAAGGUACUUUCCAGGACAACUCAACUACCUCGGAUCAAGCCACCAAAUAUGGCACAUCCUUGCAGUAGUGAUGUUAUAUUGGUGGCAUCAGUCAACCGUGUAUGUCAUGCAGUAUAGACAUAACAAGCCUUGUCCUGACUAUGUUUCACAUUUGUGAAUUCAGGUAUGGUCACCUGCUACAUUCAGCUGCGAAGCAAUAUUUUGACGGGGAGUUGUAUAACCCACUAUUUCUAGGAGUUCUGUUACUCUUUUUUCUUUUCCUCAUUUCAUGUAUCACGAGUAAUACUUUAUA